AAGAGAGAUUGUGAGAACGCACGAUGCAGGCUCUUCACUCUGACUGUAUCGCUUUGCUUUAAUCGUUUCAUUGCUGAUAUGGAUUUUCAGCUGUCUGUCGGAUGGAUCGCAGGCUCGGCUGAUUUCUGCAUGAAUGCUGGAGAGAUGUUUGGAUAACCGGGGUCUGUUUUCAUGCUCAUCUUUCUGAAGUGCUUCAGUUAAUUGUCGCGUUCUACAAGGAGUGUUUCAUAGCUUCCCACCUGUGCCACAAGACAAGACAAACUUGAAGACAACCAGUGAAGACAACAGUGAUGGAUCUUAAAGUGGAACCUUUGGAUAUUGACUAUGACCAACCCCCUCCCCUCCAAGUGUUCGCUCAUACCUCGACUCUGCAUGGCAUCUCUCAUAUUUUCUCGUAUGAGAAGAUCACAGCCAAAUGCUGCCUAUGGGUGGUAUUUUUUCUAAGUUCUUUGACCUUCCUCCUGUACGUGUGCAUCGAUCGGAUUCAGUUCUACCUGGAAUACCCCCACGUCACCAAGCUUGACGAGAUCACGACACCCGUGAUGGUCUUCCCUGCGGUAACGAUUUGCAAUCUCAACUCCAUCCGCUUCAGCAGAAUCACACGUAAUGACCUGUACCACGCAGGGGAGCUGCUGGCACUGUUAAACUCAAGAAAUGAGAUUCGGGAUGCUCACCUGGUUGAAGAGAGUGUAAUGGAGGUCCUCAAGAGCAAAGCCGACUUCCGCCAAUUCAAGCCGCGACCCUUCAACAUGUGGGAGUUCUAUAAUAGAACAGGACAUGACAUCAAAGACAUGCUUCUCUCCUGCCAGUUCAGAGGCUGUCCUUGCCGACCGGAAGACUUCAGCGUGGUAUUCACACGUUACGGGAAGUGUUACACCUUUAACUCUGGUAACAGCGGGCCGCCGCUGGUCAGUGUUAAAGGAGGAAUGGGGAACGGUCUGGAGAUAAUGAUGGACAUUCAGCAGGAUGAAUAUUUACCUGUGUGGGGAGAGACAGAUGAGUCGUCAUUUGAGGCAGGAAUCAAAGUUCAGAUCCACAGUCAAGAUGAGCCUCCGUUUAUAGAUCAGCUAGGCUUCGGAGUCGCACCAGGAUUCCAAACGUUUGUUUCCUGUCAAGAGCAGCGACUGAUAUAUCUUCCUGCUCCAUGGGGGAGCUGCAAGUCAAGUUCACCGAGCUCAGAUUACUUUAAAGCAUACAGCAUCAGUGCCUGUCGUACAGACUGCGAGACGCGUUACCUGGUGGAAAACUGCAACUGUCGUAUGGUGCACAUGCCUGGUGAUGCACCAUACUGCACCCCUGUGCUAUAUAAGGAAUGUGCACAUCCAGCGCUUGAUUUCCUCUUUGAAGUGGACAAUGACUACUGCUCAUGCGAGACUCCGUGCAACAUCACUCGCUACAGUAAAGAGCUCUCCUUCGUCAAGAUCCCCAGCAAAGCGUCAGUCAAAUACCUAGCAAAGAAGUACAGCAAAUCGGAGAACUACAUAGCUGAGAAUGUUUUGGUGCUGGACGUGUUCUUUGAAGCUUUAAACUAUGAAACCAUCGAGCAAAGAAAAGCUUAUGAGGUGGCUGGUCUGUUGGGUGAUAUUGGAGGACAGAUGGGGCUUUUCAUUGGCGCUAGUGUUCUUACGAUUUUGGAGCUUUUUGACUACCUUUAUGAGGUAAUGAAAUACCGAUUAUGCCGCUGUUCUGACAAGAAACAUCACAACAACAACAACAGCGAUCAUGGCACUGUACUUAGCCUGGAUGAUGUUAAAUGUCAUGUCAGUAAAUUUCAUUAACAUUCCUGCAAUAUUCCAGCUAUUCGCCUGCCACUCAUUUUCAGAUUACAUUCUACGUUUAGCAGGUCAUAUAUUUUAUGACAUCACAACACCAGCACAGUUUGUCUGUUCUACAGACUGUACUUGCAUCUUCUGGUCAUACUCUCUUUUAGGCUGUAAGAAUUUUUGAAAUGUUUUGUGGUUUUCCAAACAACUGUAUAUGCAGUUAUCGCUAAGGCAGGAAUGUAAGUAACAUAAAAUAUUCAUUAAAUGGUUUAAAUCUUCUGUGUGUCAGGCCUUUACAAUAGAAAUGUGUCUGCCAGCUUGAGGGGUUACUGUAUGUCAUAUUUUAUUAAUUCAGUGCAUUUUAAUGGCUAUGAUAUGGCUGUAAAUGCAUUGUGACAGAAAAUUAAUUGCACGGGCCACGUCUAAGAGGGAACGGCACUUUGCAAAGGCCUGUAAGUGCUUAGAGCUACAGGAUCUAUGAUAUGAGCAUAAUAUAAUCGGCCAGUGUCAGUUCAGAGCAACCACCCACAGAUAUUCCCAGGGGGUGCGUGUGAGCUCGGCAAGACUUUUGUACGCAAUGCCAUGUUUGUUGCAGGCGUAUGCAUGUGCGUGUAUGUGUCCUGUGCAUGUCCGUAGAUGUGUCUGUUAAUGUUGUGUGUCAUUGUUUCUAUUGGCUCUGUGUGUGUAUGUGUGUGUGUUUGUGUGUACAGGUUUUACUAUGGUCCCCACAAGGAUAGUAAAACCUGAGAUCACCUACGUUGUGAGGACCUGCCAGUGGUCCUCACAAGGGAAAUGGCACAUUAAAUUAUGUUUUUUUGAAAAUGUAAAAAUGCAAAAAGUUUUCUGUGAGGGUUAGGUUUAGGGGAUAUAAUCUAUAGUUUCUACAGUAUAAAAAUCAUUAUGUCUAUGGAGGGUCCUCAUAAGGAUAGCUAAACCAACGUGUGUGUGUGUGUGUGUGUGUGUGUGUGUGUGUGUGUGUGUGUGUGUGUGUGUGAGCUUGACUUGCGCAUGCAUGGAUGUGUAUGUCUGUUUGUAAAUGUCUUUGUGCAUGUAUAUAUUACACGUGAUAAUCACUAGAAUGGAUGAGGAAAAGUUAUAGUGACAGGAUGUUUGGUAGUUUUAAAAUGGGAAAUUAUGUAUUUUGUAAGUCUGUGAUGCACAUGAAAUGUGUCGAAUGCCAGCUGAUAGAAUGUAUAGUUUUCUUAAUUUUGCUGUAGUGUUUAUGGCAAUUUUUCAAUUUCUGAUUUAAAUUUAUGAGAUACACUACACUAUACUAUACUAAUCUCAUAUACAGCAGACUACUGUCUGAUUUGUUUUCAUUAAGAACCAAUAUUCUAUAUUUAAGUUAAAUGUUUGUCAAAGAGCAAGAGUAUUAAAUGUACUAAUAACAUUGUUCAAUUGGUACAUUUCUGUAUUCUUUUGAUGUUUAUCAUGUGGCUGUAAUAAAAUAUUAUUUUUAUAUGUAUAAACAUGCUUACUUACUCUUAACUGUCCUUUGUGCAUCCAUCAGUUGUAAUGGUAUAAUUAUGUAAAGAUCAAACCUUUUCCUGCAAAAAAAUAAAUAAAUAAAAAUAAAAUAUAAUUGA